CAACCGGGGCAAACUAUAACCGCCAAAAACGCUGACGCCACGCUGCAGCUGUUUCUUGCACCUCAUUUUUUACUGUGUCUAUGAUCUUUACCGGUUUCACGUUGCGUUCAUCAAUCAUUCGAUCCAAAUUACCGCUUUAUUUCCCAUCAUUUUGUGAGGGCAUAGCUUCGGGUAGUACCUCCCACAGCAGUGACAAGUAUCAGGGUUUUUGGAGUGACAAUUUGGAGUCAAUCUACUGUCACAAGAUGCCAAAGAACAAAGCUUCCUCGUCCUCUGACUCUAGCAGCCACAGCAGCAGUGAGGACGAAAAGCCCAAGAAAAAACAGAGGACUGAAAAAUCGAAGGCUCCAGAGGAAAAAGCAGAGUCCAGCAAGAAACCCAAAACGUCUAGCAAAGCCAACGAGGAAGAGCCCUCGUGGGAUCUGGGAAACAACAAGAAACUCGUCGUUCGUUUUUUCAAGGGUAAACUCUACGUCGACAUUCGAGAGUACUACGAGAAGGACGGUGAGGAGCGACCAUCAAAGAAAGGUAUUUCCAUGGGUCUUCCACAAUUCACCGAGCUCAUGAAGGUUAUCAAAGAAGUUGAGGAUGUCGUUAAAGUGAAAUCAGGAAACUAAUGAUUACCUUCGGUGGUUUCCAUAUUCAAUUACUUUACGUUAUUUUUCAUGAUCUAAUCAUGAUGUGUGACAUUUGAAGUAAAUUCCCAUUGUAAAAAAAAAUAAAUACCUAAAUUUUGAUUAAUCACAGAAA